AUGAUUGAAAUUAUUGUACAUUAAGAAACAUUUUCACAUAGCAUUGACUAAAUGAUUCUUUAUGUCAUCUCGAUUAAAGGGGAUUUAAAUAUUGAAGUUUAAAAUUUAAUAGAGGAAAAACGAAUUUAAACAAUAUUUCUCUUAGAAAACCAAGAAUAGCUCCUGAACUUAGAAAAUAUCACUAAAUCUUUAGCCUCGAAAAGUUUGGAGGACAAAUGCGAAAUUUUAUUUAAAGAAAUCUACGAAGCUAAAAAGAAUAUCGCAUUACUAAUUUCUGAAGGAAAAAACGAAACUCUUCUUUUCUUUGCUUCAUAUAUGAUUCUGUAAGAGAAGAAAAAUUAGUCUUGGCUUUACGAAUAAACCUUUUACUAGACCUUUCAGAAAACAGAACAGGAAGUCUUACAAAACUUGAUAAAGAAUAGCCCUGACACAUUAGGGAGCAUAUUUUUAAAUACUGAAAAGUUGAAGUUCGAUAAUUAAUUUGUUUAAAGUGAGAUUAUCCAUACAGAUAAACCACAAAACUCAGAAGCAAUUGAUUUGAAUCCACCAUUUUUAGUUGGAUCUUAGUUCAACCAACCCAUAUUCCCUACCAUUUCUCUAGAUUCACAAAUAAUUGGGCCUACAGAUAAGCUUUCUAGUUAGACUAUUACAAAUACCAUAAUUAAUGACAUAUAAAAAUCUUAGGUUAAAAUUGGCAAUGAUAAAUUAAUUAAAGAUGAUUAAUAAUUAGAACUACAAGAAUAAGAAGAGACAAUAAAGGAACUAGCUCCGCCAAUUUAGUUUUAAUCGUUUUAUCAAAAGUAUACAAUCAAAUGUUUUAAAUGA